AUGUCCGAUAGCGAGUCAUUCUCCGAGCGUGAGCCCAACGGGUUCGAUGAGGAGUCAUCGGACGGUCUCUUUGACUCCGAUGUUGAAGCGGCAGGGCCUGAUGCCGAGGAUGGGAGUGAUACCGAUGUCGAAAUACUCAGCGAAGGGCCCAGCUCUGGCUCGACACAUGGCAUCGGAAAGGGGCUAAUGACCGCCCCGGUGCCGUUGUCUAUUAUCUAUAGCGACGGCCGCCAUGUGGGUCUGGGCGCCCCUGGGGAGGCGAGCACCAGUCGCCAGUCAGAGGCCUCCACUUCUGGUCGCGGAGAGCCAGCUGCCGAACCAUCUCCCCGGCCGAGGGUUUCGGUAGUCUUCCCCAGCAACCCUAGGGUGCCGAUGGCUGUUCCAAAGGAGCUAGUCUUCGGUGUAGAUUACCUGGAGCCUAACAGGAUCACCGAGACGGAGAUUGCGAGGUUUCGGGCUGAGUACCUUAUCCCAGAUUCGGUAGGCAUGAGGAUCCCAGGUCCUACCGAAUCUCUAAGCAGUCCGAAAGAUGGCGAAGUUGUCUUCUUCAUGGACGUACUUCUGCAAGGGGUGAGGCUCCCUCUGCAGCCCGCCGUUCAGAGGAUCCUGGCGCAGAUAGGCUAUGCUCCCGGCCAGUUCAAUCCCAACUUCUGGGUAGCGUUAAUGGGUGUGAUCACUGCCUUGGGUAUGGCUGGCGAGGGAGAGCCUUCGUACGAGCAAUUCUCCCAUCUGUACAGCAUCACGAAGUCGAAGUCUGCCGAUCAUGGGGGCUGGGUUCAAGCUAACUGCUUGAAGGCUACCGAGCGUGGCCAUUUUGUCAAUGCCAUACCGACCUCCCAGAAGACGUGGAGGAAACAACGGGUGCUUUUGUCCGGUGACUGGGAGUCUCCCUCGGGACACUCUGUCCGUUUCUACAUUCCCACAACGUUCCAAAUCGCCGGUAAACUGAAGCAGCCAAGCGCUACUCAAUCGGAGAUCCGGCAGAUCGAGAGGGUGAGGCUGAAUGUCCCUGCCGUGGAGAGGGUCUAUCCGAAGUUUCUCUUCACCACCAACCUCAUCAAAGCUCAGCUCGUCAGCCCUGCCGAGAUGACCGAGGAAAGGAGGACUGCCGAAGCAAAGAGGAUGAACGAGUCCUCAAAGAGGCACCUCAUGCUCGGCAUGCAAGGCAAGAAAAAGGGGCGGCAGGCCAGAACGACACCGGCGCCUUCGGGAGGGGUGGACCCUGACAACGUAACCCUCAACGAGCGCUGUCGUCAGAUGAACGCCGAAUCGGCGCAUGCCGAAGCGGCCGCUGCUGGUCCGUCUCCCAGCCGAGGUAUACCUGCCGAGGGUACCUCUUCUAAGGCUGCCGGCAAAAGGCCGGUCACGGUAGACCUUGAUGCCGACCCCGCUCCUAAAUACGGGCGACAAGCUGAGCCUGUUCGGGCCAUCUUCUCUGCCGAGGACGACGAGGCGCCUUCCGAAGCUGUCACCUUUGCCUAUCCUUCGAAGACAGUCCAGUGA